CGAUGUUUGUAAUAGUGUUUUAGGACAUAUCCAUCAUGGAUUCCACCUGCAGCGUGUGUAUAGUCCAUUUGUGGCCCUUACCCUUCAUCAUGGUCAUUUUCACAAAUGUCGGAAAUGCAGAGUCAUUGUUCUACACUAAUAGAGGCUGGUAACCUGCCUAAGUCAUUGUGGGACAUUACCUACCAUGAGAUCUUUGAACGCCAAUGGACUUAAUCUUCGACCAUAGCAAGACCCGCAAAAUCAGAUGACAAGGCCAUCCCCUCUUUAAUUGUCGGCGACUCACGUGGUUCCGACGACGCAGGGAGAUGCUGAAUUUUCCGGGUAUACGGGGUAUAUCUACCAUAUGGAAAAAGCUAUCUACGUCGUUGACCGCUGGAAGGAGGCCAAUAAGGUAAAAUGGCGCAAGUUAUGGACGACACGCGUAUCAUUGGUUAUGAUCCAUUGGUACAGCCCAACUUGCUAAAGAGCGAGAUUCCCCAGUCAGACGUGACAAAAAAGACUGUCCUUGCUGCUCGUGCCGCUGCGGCAGAUAUCAUCCAUGGACGGGAUACUAGGCUACUGGUAGUGGUCGGGCCUUGCUCGAUUCACUCACCUGAAGCCGGAUUAGACUACGCCUCAAAGUUAAAGGAGAUACUCCCUACUCUUCCUGGGCUUUUCAUAAUUAUGCGUGCUUAUUUGUGGAAACCAAGGACAACCGUUGGAUGGAAGGGACUCAUCAAUGAUCCCGACAUUAACAACACUUUCAAGAUCAAUAAGGGUAUCCGUGUGGGCCGCCAGCUGCUGUGCGACUUGACAGACAUGGGUGUGCCUGUCGGUUCCGAGCUUUUGGAUACAGUUUCGCCUCAAUAUCUUGCUGACUGCAUCAGCUGGGCGGCCAUCGGGGCUCGCACCACUGAAUCUCAGCUUCAUCGAGAACUCGCCUCGGGUGUCUCUUUCCCAGUCGGUUUCAAGAAUGGCACUGACGGUACCAUGGGUGUUGCGAUCGAUGCCAUGCGCAGUUCCUCCAACCCACAUGUCUUCAUGGGUGUCACUCCCCAGGGUCUUGCUGCCAUUGUGAAGACGGAGGGAAACAAGGAUUUGCAUGUCAUUGUACGCGGUGGAUCCAAGGGGACAAACUACGAUGCGGAAUCCAUCGCGACUAUUACCUCUGCGCUUAAGAAAGUACGACCGAACAAUUUCCCCAGCGUUAUGGUGGACGCCUCCCAUGGGAAUUCGCUAAAGAAUCAUGACAAUCAGCCCAAAGUUGUCUCCGCCGUCGCUGAACAAGUCAGGGACGGCAAUGUCAAUAUUACUGGAAUCAUGAUUGAGUCGAACAUUCAUCCUGGUCGUCAAGAUGUGCCUCCAGAAGGCCUUUCCGGUCUUCGAUACGGUGUUAGCAUCACCGACGCGUGUAUCGGUUGGGAUGACACAGUCACAACCCUCCGCGAGCUGAAUGAUGCUGCAUUAGCUCGUGCGGCAAAAAUAUCUUCCUGACACCUACAUUACCAGUCUAUAGAUCUCUACUUUACACUAAUACUCGACAAAUAGCGCAACUCGUUUAGAGUGUGACAAUGAUGUAUCCUAGAUUUUUGCAUUCCAUCU